AUGACCCGGAAGACAAGUCCAGCCUGUUCACCGCCCGACCAGCUAUUUUCCUCGGCACUCCCGGUCGUGACGGGCAUCGGCGUGGAGGUGGCCCCGUCUGGUGAUAAGGGAAAGGCGACCGCAAAGGUGACCGACCCAGGCCAAUUCCCUUCUUACGACCGUUACGAACGUUACGAAUCCCCCGAUCCAGCCCAGCAGCGCCAGCAGCGCCCUCUUCGUCGAUCGCAGACCCCAAUCUCUCCCGAGCAAAGCUCCAGGUCGGGCGCGUCCACACCGCUGUCGCAUCGGGGCCUGCGCCGCACCACUCGGUUUGUCGGCACACCAAGUCCGCCUCCAAACCCACCCGCCUCGCCUCCAAGACGAGUGCACUUGGAAGCAGUCUCGGUCGGUAUCAGCCCCGGAGGACUCUUUGCGACAGCUGAUCCGAAACGCACACCUGAACCAGCCGCAAGGAAAGAGCGGCAGCGACCUGUAAGACGGCUCUCCCAGGAUCUUCUCAGCGACCCCCUCGAAGAGGCCUCGACAACUCUUCCUCCGUCCCUCAUCCCUCCAAGAAGCUCAUCCUCAAAUCGAACCCACCGAAAAGCCGCACACCCGGCUGUGCACAUCUCGCAGCAUACUCACAGUGCGAUUCUUUGGGCGCUCGAGGAAGCACUGAGACAGCCCAAUCCUUUCACCCCGGAUCUGAUCGAAGAGAACGCGUCGAUGGCCGAUCUCCGUGGUGCCGGCGGCCAACCCGCCGUCACGAACGGGUUCUCCUCCUCGACGACGAGGCCGACGGCCCCACCAGCUCAGACUGGUUCUCCGUCUGGGAUCAAGGGCCCGAGGAUGAUCAUGCGGGAGCGUCAGGCUAGAGAGGAGCGCCAGCGUGCAGAGCGUGACCGGUUGGAGCGGCAGCACGCCGAACGAGGCAAGAUUAGUGGAAGAACAACAGAGAAGAAUGGCGGAGCGUAG